AUGAGUUUAUUGAAGAUCCCCUUCAUCCUAGCUUCGGCCAUUGGAACUCAUGUAUCGUUCACUUCCCCUUCUCCGUCACCGUCAUCUAAAGAGAGUGUCGUGCCAUCCUUGUUCGAAUUCAUCAUUAAAUGGUGUAUAAAACUUCGCUGCCCGGAGUUAAUGAAGAUCAACAUAUGGGCAAUAUCGCUUGUUGAAGUGGCAAACAUCUUGGCCACGCGUAUAGGCCCCUCAGAUAUUCCAGAAGGCAUCAGUGGCACUAGAGCUGUGCAGCUUUUGCAUGCCCUCCACCCUACACCAAUCACCCCCGCUUUCCUCGUCGGCAGUAUUGCGAUCGCACUUGGUGGCGCAUUAAGGUUUUAUUGUAUGUCGACGUUGGGAAAAUUUUGGAGCUUCAAUCUCAGCGUCAGAAAAGAGCACAGGCUUAUGACAAGCGGGCCGUACUCGGUGGUGCGCCACCCAAGCUACGCUGGUCUCCUUCUCCAAAGUGCUGGGACCGUUGUCGCGUACGGAAGCCAAGGAUCAUGGAUGAGGCAGUCCGGGAUCUUGCAAGUGCCUUUCAUCAAAGCAUUAACGAGUAUCACUUUCGUACUUGUCAUAAUCCACACCUGGAUUUCCCUCAGCCGUCCUGCACCGGAGGACCAAAUGUUGCAGGGUGCCCUGGGAGAAGAAUGGGAGACUUGGGCAAAGGAAGUAAGAUACCGGCUUGUUCCUGGAAUUUAUUGA